GAUGAGUGGCUGGGGGAAGAGUGAGAGAGAGCGUGCGCGCAUGCGCGGCGGCGUCGCGGCCGGGAAACUGGCUCGGCCGCGGUUGCUGGGGCUGCUGAACCGGCGCAGAACCGGGUUCGUGCCUCCGAUGCUUUCUCGUGCGGUGGCUGUGGGAUCGUGGGUUCCGGGCUGGUAGUUUUCCCAACCCCCUUUGCCUUGAGGAAGGGGAUGCUGAGCAAAGGGACGCUGCAGCGCGUGCUGUCUGCCGUCAACCGGAGGAGGAGGAUGAAGCUGCUCAUGGGGCUCGCCUUGGUCGCCUACGUCGCCUCUGUCUGGGGAAAUGUACUCAACAUGAGAUCUAUCCAAGACAAUGGUGAUCAGAAGGUAGAAAAUAAAAUUGAAGAGGUCAUUGGACCUUUAAGGGAGAAGAUCCAAGAGCUAGAGAAAAGUUUUACUCAGAAGUAUCCACCAGUGAAGUUUCUAUCUGAAAAGGACCGUAAAAGAAUUUUGAUAACUGGAGGAGCAGGGUUUGUGGGUUCUCAUCUUACUGACAAACUAAUGAUGGAUGGCCAUGAAGUUACAGUUGUGGACAACUUCUUUACGGGCAGGAAAAGAAACGUGGAGCACUGGAUUGGCCAUGAGAACUUUGAACUGAUAAAUCAUGAUGUCGUAGAGCCCCUUUACAUUGAAGUGGAUCAGAUUUACCAUCUAGCCUCUCCAGCAUCCCCUCCAAAUUACAUGUAUAAUCCUAUUAAGACAUUAAAGACCAACACAAUUGGGACACUGAACAUGUUGGGAUUAGCAAAACGUGUUGGAGCACGGCUCUUACUUGCGUCCACAUCUGAAGUGUACGGAGAUCCUGAAGUUCACCCACAAAAUGAAGAUUACUGGGGUCAUGUGAACCCUAUAGGGCCUAGAGCAUGUUAUGAUGAAGGAAAAAGAGUUGCUGAAACAAUGUGCUAUGCCUACAUGAAGCAGGAAGGUGUAGAAGUAAGAGUUGCAAGGAUAUUCAACACUUUUGGCCCUCGAAUGCACAUGAACGACGGCAGAGUUGUCAGUAACUUCAUCCUGCAGGCUCUUCAGGGAGAACCGUUAACUGUCUAUGGGCCUGGCACACAAACUAGAGCAUUCCAAUAUGUCAGUGACCUUGUGAAUGGGCUGGUGGCUUUAAUGAACAGCAAUGUUAGCAGUCCUGUUAAUUUGGGGAACCCGGAAGAGCAUUCUAUUCUAGAAUUCGCCCAGUUAAUUAAAAAACUUGUUGGCAGUGGAAGUGAGAUCCAGUUUCUGUCAGAAGCUCAAGAUGACCCUCAGAAAAGGAAGCCUGACAUCAAGAAAGCCAAGUUACUACUUGGAUGGGAACCUGUGGUUCCUUUGGAAGAAGGCUUAAAUAAAGCAAUCCAUUACUUUCGGAAAGAACUUGAAUAUCAAGCAAAUAAUCAAUAUAUUCCCAAACCAAAACCCGCCAGGAUAAAAAAAGGAAGAACCAGACAUAACUAAAAACAUUUGGACAGGAAACAACUUUCCUUACCUUGCAUUUGAGAAGAUCUAAUUUUGCCUUUUUUUUUGAAAAAGACUUCAGAAACAGGUAUCAUGAAGAAGCGAAAACUGGAAUUUCACUCUGAAGCUUGCUUUAAAGAAGUGGAUGUGCCUAAAUAUGAAAACUGCAACCUUUGCCUUGCACUUUUUAAAUCUGUCUUUUUAUGUAAAAUAGGAGCAUCUUUUUUAGUAUCUUCAAGUUUUAUAUCUUGCUGUGAGAUCAUUUUGUUGUGACUGUCCUUGACAGUUUUAUUUACUGGUUUCUUUGUGAAGCUGCAGAUAAGAUGGGAAAUGCCAAUUUAUUUAUAAAAGUGGGUACUAUAAGUGAGAGAUACUAUGCAUAAAGGUAAAAAAAAUUGCAGUAUUGUCAAAGUGACAAACACUGGCAUUUAGUAUUAUAGGAUUAUAAAAACUCUGUAUGAGAGCUUUAUGUAUUCUUUUGAAAUCUGUUUGUUUUUCAGAUGUUUAGUUCUAGUUGCACACUUGAAUUUGAAAAUAUUUCCACUGACUAUCAUGGAUAAAUGCUAUUUUAAAUCACUACUGUGUUGUGCAUACUCUGGGGCAAAAUUCUGUAUUAUUGGUUACCAGUGGUUGAAUAUGCUAUUUUAAUAAAAUAUUGAAACUUACAGAUUUCAGUAAGUAAAAAUUCUAUGAUAUUUGUGGUGGAGCAUGCCUUUGACCUAUUGAUGUAAAGGUCUAUAAAACAUUGAUAUAUUUAUAUAAAAGUCUUUGAAAAAGAAUGUCAGACUUUUGGCAUUUGCUCUCUCAACCAAUAUUGAGUGAGGUUUUAAUAUGUGCCACUGAAACCAAUACUCUUAAAGGUACUCCCUUGGAUUUUUAUGAAUCUGUUAGUCAUAUACUGAAGCUGAAUAUAAUACCUUCCUGCUUACAUUUUCCUUACUGCUAAAACUGUAUUGCUCUUUGCAGUAGUAAUUGACACUUUUCUAUCAUUCACUCCUAAUGACUUAAUUUAAUUACACUGGUGCAAAACUACAAAAACAGUGUCUCCCUGAUGUAUUUAUAUUAGUGAGAAAUGUUCUGGUCAUACUAAAUAAACUUGUCACCAGCUUUA